CGAAAACAUUAAAAAUUUCAAAUAAGAUGAGCAAUAAACCCGAAACUGUAACAAAUCAUCUGACGGAUGCUCACACAUCAAAUGCAUCACAAAUUUCAGACAGGAUCAUUUUUCCUGAGGAAGUACAGACAAUUAAAGCAAAAAAUCCUAAAGUGGAUUUUAACAAAGCUGAACUAUUGAAGUUGUUGUGCUAUAUGGAAGGCGAACUGCAAGCUCGCGAUGUUGUUAUUGCCGUUUUAAAAUCUGAAAAAGUUAAAAACUUGGUGAAUGUUGCUGCUUAUGGUGCGCCUAUUGAUUCCAAAUUAAAGUUGAACGAUCCUCAUGCAGCUCUGUUUCGUGAUAGUAUUGCGCUAACUGGUAAUCUUGCUAGUCGUACAAGUGCUGCCAUAGCUGCUCAGUCAGAACUUGAUGCAAGGGAAUUUUGUGAGCAACAAUUGUUGGUGUUAAGUCAAAAGGUCGACCAACAACGUCAAACUCAUGCAAAAGUUGUGAAUUUACUUAAAUCAACGCGAGACCGUCAUUUGCAGUUAAUGCAAGAACUUGACACUGAACGGAAGAAGAAUGAAGAGCCACAAACGCCAAGGUCAGCCACAUGCGAAAAGUCUCGCCUUCAAGACAAAAUAUUGGAAGCUGAAACAGCAAGAGACCAAUUAGUGAAAGAUGUCAAGAAGCUAAGAGAAACUUUAGAAGCGGAACGUGUUGAACACAAAGAAAUUGUGUUUUAUCUGUUGGAAGAGCGUAAAAAAAUUAACAUAAUACGAAAUGAAGAGCGGAAGCGUAGCGAAGAUUUGGCUCAAAUAUUAUCUGAGGAAAAGCAACGUGUCGACACAAUAGCUGAUGGACUUGAAGAAGAGACAAAGAAAUCGCUAAGAUUGGAAGCUGAAAUGGAGAAACAGUCAUUGAUUCAUGAACAAGAAAAGAAAUUAAUGCUAAGAAAUUUGGCUACAGAAGAGAAGAAAAUCAAAGAUCUUGAAGCAGAAGUAAAUCGUCUUCGAAUGGAAAACGAAGCACUUAAAAAGUCCACAAUGGGGUCGGGAGGUAAUCCGAUGAUGAGCAAUGUUUCUAAAAUCAUUCAACCAACAGCAACGGUGUCUAGUGUGCCAGUGUCGGGACCAACGACCGGAAUUGCAAGGUCAAUAUCGCCUGGACAAGUUCUUAGGCACGACAGUUCAAGUUCAAUGACAAGUGGAACAAAUGUCGCAACAAUCAUUCGAGCUCAUAGCGUUCAACAAUCAUCGAGUCAAGGACCUCAACCACCAUUGAAGAAAGGACAAUUUACAGGUGCAAACUCAGUUCGUGCUCCUCCUCCAAUUCCACCUAAUAAACCAAUAAUCAACAAAGGCAAUGCUACAACAGCAACCACAAGCUCUUCACGAAUUUCCUUCCUCCAGUCACAGACAGUUUCCGGUAUAGCCAGUGCUGCACAAGCCAUCGCUGCUCAAAAUGCAAAAUCUAGCGAUGAGUAAGAUGAUUGAUUAAAAAUACUCUGUAGACAACAAAAAAAUAUUCUUCAACUUUGACAGUUGAUAACUUUUUAUUUCCUUUACUUUGGAGAGCCAAUGUGACAUCAAAAGUUUCACAAUCUACUUCAGAAGAGCUCAUAGUGUUCAACAAUCGACGAGUCAAGGACCUGAACUGCAAUUUAAGAAAGGAAAUUUACAGGUGCAAACUCAGUCUGUGCUCCUCCUCCUGCUCCUCCUAAUAAACAUCAUCAACAAAGGCAAUUCUACAACAGCAACCACAAAUGCGACCAUAAAAUAAAUACAGCUAAUAAAUUAUAUGCAAACACAGUCAAAAGCAACUUGUAAGAAAAUAUUAAUUUUUAAAUGAUUCUCGUAAUUAGUGAAACGACGAACUUAAUUUAUGUUUUAGGAUGAAAGAGCUUUUAUACUCCGUAGACAUUGAAAGUUUCCCAAUUUUAAUCAAAUUAUGAAUCAUUAGCUUCAUCAAUGUGCUCACAAUCAUUAAAAUAAUCAAUAUGCAUUUAACCCGUGGACAAUUGAAUUGUUAAAUCAGAGCAUGCUGAUUAAAUUAAAUUUUUUUUAAAUUCAACAACGGAAUGGAUCCUGAAAAGCUGAAGUUAAUUUUUGCAUUUUACAGAUUAGGGAAAUAUUUAAAAAAACCAAAAAGAAAAAAGUUGCUGGAAGCGAAAAAAACAAAAUAUCGGAAAAAAAGUUCAUUUUAAAAUAAGAGAUUUAAUAAGUUGUAGCAAUACAGUUGAAAACUUCACCAUCCCUGAAAGUUUUUUAAAGAAAACUUAAUUUGAAAAAAAGUUGUAAGAAAUUGUCCACGGAGAAAAAAGUUCACGGAGUAUAAAAGCUCUAAUGAUUAUAUUUUGUAAUUUUUUUAAUGUAAAUUAGUUAAAUUAUUUUACUUAAAAAAUAUAUAUAAAUUCAUGAAAGUUAA